AUGGCAGCCCGCGAGUUCAGUCUCACGUUCGAAACCACCCCACCCGCCGCAGCGCGGCCAGCCCUACCAUUCACCAUCCCCGUCGUGGUAGCCGUACGUCCAGUCGGCACCCCCAAAAACGCCCAACACCUUGUGGUGAACGCCUCGUUGCGCAACGAAGCCGGCACCGGCCCAGCCGUCGGACUUAGCGGCAGUCUGACCGCGAGUGUGACCAGCCGCGCCGGCACAGCAACAAGCGGCUAUGCCAAAUUCCCAACCCUGUCCAUUUCCGUACCCGGCAAGUAUCGGCUGCGUGUGAUGCUAAGCGCGGCCUCAGUCAACGGGGUCGUUACUAAGGAGUUUGUCGAUUCGGGAGUCAUUCAUGUGCACGCUGCUGCACCGACUGCACAACGACCAACCGCCGCUCAGCUGGUGACGCUACGGCGACUGUCCGGUGAGAAUCUGGAUAUCUCCGCUGCGGAUAUCACAAAGUGGCAAUCUGCGUGA